AAAAGGGAACAAGCGCAGAGAAUAAUCUCUCAUCUCGCCAGUCCCCAAUCAGACUAGGGUUUUGAAUAACCUUCCUCCAACACCACGAACUUCGACGCUUCGCUCGAAGCUGAAGCUCUCUCAACAAUGGCGGCCAAUAACAAAGACGAAGAAGAAGCUGAAUACGGUGUCCUACUAUACUACAAGUACACUUCCAUUCCUGACCUCGACAAUCUCUUUACAUUCUACGAUUCCAACUGCCGCUCACUCUCCCUCCUCGGCCGCGUUCGCCUCUCUCCCAACGGCGUCAACGUCACUGUUGGUGGGAGGCUAGCUUCAUUGGAGAAGCACAUUGAUGCGGUCAGCUCGAAGAGUUUGUUCGAAGGAACUGACUUCAAGCUCGCGUCUUGCAAUCAGCCUUCGAAUGAUAAGGUUGCUAGGGAAUGUGGAUUCACUUCUCUCUCUAUCCGAAUCGUCAAGGAAUUGGUUACGUUUGGUUCUCAUCCUCUUUUGAAAUCACCAGAAGUUUCCAAGGCCGGGAGACAUCUAUCUGCAGCUGAGUUCCAUUCUGUCCUUCAGCAUGCUGGAAAAUUUCUAGAAACAGAGAGUCCAGAUGACAAUAAAAGACUUGUUCUUUUGGAUGCAAGGAAUUUGUAUGAGACAAGAAUUGGAAAGUUCCAGACUCCAAAUGUUGAAACUUUGGAUCCAGAAAUUCGGCAGUAUAGUGAUCUCCACACCUGGAUAGAUAAUAAUUCCGAGAAAUUGCAAGGGAAUCGUGUCCUCAUGUAUUGUACUGGUGGAAUUAGGUGUGAGAUGGCAUCAGCCUAUAUUAGAUCUAAAGGUGAUGGCUUUGAGAAUGUCUUUCAGUUAUUUGGUGGAAUUCAGCGUUAUUUGGAACAAUAUCCAGAUGGUGGAUUUUUUAAAGGAAAGAAUUUUGUUUUUGACCACAGGGUUUCAGUUGGGAGCUCAGAUGCAAAGAUCUUGGGUGCCUGCCUUCUCUGUAGCUCUUCAUUUGAUGAUUAUUCUUCACGGAGUCGAUGCACUUACUGUAGAAUGCUUGUUUUAGUCUGCGACAGUUGCCAGAAGAAAGGUUCCCAAUACAUUUGUGAGCUAUGCCAAAAAAAUGGUAAGACUGUCGGGUCCAUACCAUUAAUAGAAAAUGAUGAAUCGCAAGAAUUGUCCAUACCCAUAGAAACCAAAGUGGUUCCCAUCUCAAAUCAUGCUGCAUUAUCACCUCAGCUCCCUUGGAGGCAUGGUACUGAGCCUUUAAGAAAACUCAGGAUUCUGUGCUUGCAUGGUUUCCGGCAGAAUGCCUCCAGUUUUAAAGGAAGAACAGCAUCAUUAGCCAAGAAACUUAAAAACAUUGCCGAGCUUGUUUUUGUCGAUGCACCUCAUGAGUUACCAUUGAUUUACCAACCUUGUUUGGCAGACCCAAAUUACUGUGAAUCAUCUUCAGUGCCACAAAGUCCUCCGCCGCCACCGAAGAGUUGCAGUAAAAAAUUUGCAUGGUUUAUUGCACCUAAUUUCAGUGAGAAGAGUGACACUGAUUGGAAAAUGGCAGACAGUCCAUUCGAUCCUCUGCAAUACCUGCAGCAAACCGAUGGGUUUGAUUCAUCAUUAGCAUAUUUAAAGAAUGUAUUUUCACAAGAAGGGCCUUUUGACGGGAUGUUAGGAUUUUCACAAGGAGCGGCAAUGGUGGCUUCGGUUUGCACACGACAAAGAUUGCUGAAGGGUCAAAUGAAUUUCAGAUUUGUGAUUUUGUGCUCUGGAUUUGCACUUAAAUUAGCAGAUUACGAGCAGGGAUCAAUCAACUGCCCUUCCCUUCAUAUCUUUGGCAAUGAUGAAGGUAAUGACAGGCAGAUAGAUAACCAGGCCAGCAGAGCGCUAGCUUCUUUAUUCGAUGACGGUUGCUCUGUGAUUAUUGAGCAUGAGUUUGGUCAUAUAAUUCCUACACGGUCACCAUAUAUUGAUGAGAUCAGAGAUUUUCUUCAUCGGUUUCUGUAAGUUGGGAUUUUCGGCCAUGACUUCUUGGGUUCCAUAAGCCCUCUUCGUCGUUACCGCAUUGACACCAUGUGAGAUUUCACUUGGGUGUGCUCCUCUAAUCAGAUCCAACUCUACAAAGAAGCGUUCUUUUGUGAUUCAUGCCCAAGUAAAGAGACUUCAUGGAUGUAGCAAAGUUGUACUUUGCAACUGAAUGUAAUUUGCUUUCUGAUUGAUGUUGGAUUCACUUUUUAUAUUAUUAUUAUUAUUAUUUAUUUAAACUUUA